AUGUUGUCGACUCGUGCCUAUCUUCAGAAUCGUUUAAAAACUCUUCAGCCAGCGAAGGACCCGAUUGUUAACCCAUUGAAACUGCUUGCUUUGCUCAACAAAAGACAAUGGGCUUGUUGGCUUCUCGGAUUCUUUGCUUGGAGUUGGGAUGCCUUCGAUUUCCACUCCGUUACUCUCAGUUAUCCUGACUUUCCGGCAACAUUCAACAAAACAGAGCAACAAAUGACCUACGCCGUAACUUUUGCUCUCAUGACACGACCCAUUGGAGGAAUUAUCUUUGGCGGUCUCGCUGAUAGAUAUGGGCGCAAAUGGCCAUUCAUUGCAGAUUGCUGUCUGCUCAUUGUCUUUGUCUUGGCUACAGGAUUUACGCAGACCUUUGCUCAGUUUGUCACAGUCAGAGCUUUGUUUGGGGUUGCAAUGGGUGGUAUCUAUGGUAACGCAGCAGCUACUGCUCUAGAAGAUUGCCCAGAAGCAGCUAGAGGAUUAUUCAGUGGAUUGUAUCAGGCAGGAUACCCAUUUGGAUAUAUAUUGGCCUCGAUCUUCUACAGAGCAUUCAAAAACCAUACCAAGUACGGUUGGCGUCCGUUGUUUUGGUUUGGAGCAUGCCCGCCAAUUCUACUCAUCAUCUUCCGUCUUUGUCUCUCUGAGACGGACGCGUUUCAAUCAAGAAGGGCAUUUCGGAGUCAACGACAAAACAUCAAAGUUGCAGCAUCCGAAGUCUCCUUGGCUAUGAAGAAUCACUGGUUUCUCUUACUUUAUCUCUCAUUCAUGCUGGCUGGAAUGGCUUAUUGUUCUCAUAACACUCAGGAUAUUUACCCCACGGUCCUCAAGUUCACUUACGGGUAUUCUGUAUCUCAUGCUACCCUUGUACAAGUUAUCGGCAGUCUUGGAGGAAUGAUCGGGUCCUCCCUCACAGGUUACUGCAGCCAAUUCUUCGGCCGCCGCCUCUCAAUUAUCGCAACAUGCUUUCUGGGUGGAGCACUGAUAUACCCUUAUGGCUUUACAUCAGGACAUGGAGUCUACGCGACUGCAUUUUUCGAGCAAUUCUGUGUUCAAGGAGUGUGGGGUAUCGUUCCUAUCCACCUCAUCGAAUUGUCGCCACCAGCGUUUCGUACAUUCGUUGUUGGAACAUCGUAUCAGCUUGGAGUUCUAAUCGCGUCACCUUGCAACACAAUCAUAGAAACUCUGGGACUCCGCUACCCGCUACCAUCUGAUGGAAGCGGCACACAGCAUUAUGAUUACCGAAUCCCGAUUUGCGCUCUUACAGGGGCUAUGUUUGCGUAUGUUAUCGUCAUGGCAGCGAUUGGGCCAGAGAAACGAGGAAGAGGUAUGACAGAAGAUGAGAGUGAUGAUAGCGAUAUUGAGCCCGGCGAGCUUCCAGUAUCGAGAACCACUGGGAUUACUCAUCGAAGGUUCUAA